GUAUAUUGUCUACUUCAGCUAAGAUAAGAUUGGAGACUUUUUGUCGACAUUUAAGGUACCAACUGUAUAAACCGAACACGCUGAAAAGACAUUGAGGAUGUUGCAUCUUCUGGUAGCAGGACUGGUUGCGACAGUCGUUAUUGUCGAGUCAGCGGACGUGUGUCCGACUGACCCACCAGGCACGGUGUAUGCGUGUAUUUACAUGCCCAAGUGCUUCGCAGACGGGACCUGUGGAGCAGGGCAGAGGUGUUGUCCUCACAUCUGCGGCGCCCACUGUGUGACAAUUGUUCACUGCGAUCCGAUCGACUGCGGUUCAGUCACGUGUACCUACGGCUUCCAGCCAGACAGUCGAGGUUGCAAGACGUGCACCUGCAGGACAUCAAAACCAUGCACUACCUUGCAGUGUCUCCUGAGUGGAUCUCUGGGAUAAGGACGUCACUGGUGUAGACACGACCAUCGAGCCUCUCUGUCAUCUCGUUUUGCGACAUUCCAUGUUGUGAACUCGGAAUAAACAAAGAAAUGUG